UUUGCCUUAGCGCUGCAAGGCGAGUAGCAAACUGUGAAUGUUUAUUUACGAAGGCAUUUAAAUGAUAUCCAGGUUAUACGGCGCAGAUACAGAUAAUGCCUCUUUAAAGCGAAAGAGGCAAAUUGACACACUGAAAAUCUUCAACGCUAAUGUAACAGAAGUGCACGCCGAUGUGGAAUAUCGUGUGGACUUUGUCUCAGGAGACCACCAGAUGGCUCUGCACGUGAUAUUAGGACCAGAGUUUCCCUUGGAGAAACCCAUUCUCCGUGUCGUACCUGCUGUCAGUCACCUUUGGGUCAACGAGACUGGAGAAGUUGUCGGUGCCCCGGGUCUUAUAAGUUUCACAGUACAUUCUGACCUCGGUCGUGUGGUACAGGCCAUUAUUCGAGAGUUCGAGAAAAACCCUCCACCCCUUGCAGCUAAUAUCAACAUUCCAAAUUCGAUGCUCACCGGAGGUGCCCCCGCGAUUCCGCCCGCACUGUCCACUGCUCCGCAGCCGCCGCCAGAGCCGUCUGAGCUGCGAGACCUGCUGGCAGGCAUGUCCGUGGCGGAGCUGGAGGAGCUCCGGCGGGAUGGGCCGGUCGCCGAUGACCGCCUCGCAGAGCUGGUUUCCGACCUGCCGCCGCUUCGCAGGAUGGAGCAGCAGCGUGACCAACUCGUCGCCGGGAUUGUUGCUCUCGCAGAAUCGAACCUGUCCAGGCAACCUGAACUACAGGCAGCCAGAGAGGCCGUCCGGGCCAAGACAGAGAAGGUCUCCGCACUGCGGGCACGCUUCGAGGAACUCGGUGUCGAACACAGACGACUCGCGGAGCGGUACGCGCCAGACAAUAUAAGGGAGACACUCUGCCUGGCAGCCCAGCAGAGCGACGAGGAGAGCGACGCCGUGGCGGAGGCCUUCCUCUCCGGCCGUGUCGACGUCGAGCGCUUCGCGGCUCAGUACAUCAGGAUACGCGCGCUGAGCCACGAGAGGAAGACGAAGGAGGAGAAGCUGCAGAGCCAGCUGAGGGAGCUGCAGAGGGCCGGCUACUGACGGGUGACGGGGCAGCGGCAGGCUACUGUCACCACUGUCGCUAUUUUUGUUAAUUAUAAUAUUCAGUUAUUUAUAUGCAAA